UGCGUCACAAAGAGUCCAGAUCAUGCAGCAGGACAAGAAGGCAGUACCGCAGUACCAAAGCAGUAGGUAGUCUGCAAUCACAGUUAUUUGAUAGCCAUUGCGCGAAGUGCACAGCGCGUUGUGCUCUGCAGAUCGUUCCUUCGUUCGAUACACCAAUUUGUAGUACUGCACUUCAGCAAAGGCCUUUGUUAUUGAAAUCGGCCAUAUCUGACCUAUCUUGUCGGCAGGCAGAACAUCCCAAAACCGCGGGGGACCGCCGGAAAAUUUUUAUUGUUCCGCUUGCACCGAUCAUGCCGCUAUAGAAAUUGGUCAAUCUGCUCAGCUAAAAGAAGUGUGUUAGAGGACUGUCAGGCGAUGCAACCCCUUCUGAGGGCUGACCUAGCCCUAUCUGCGCCGCUUUGAUGCGCAGCGCAUGUGUAAGCCGCGAUCUUGUCUCGCGGCGCAUCCUCGAGCCCGCUGGCGGCUCAGAUGAAGACCAGGGUGCUGCGCAAACGAGCCCCGCCACUGCCGCGCAGGACCGGACCGGCAUGAUGGUUUACCCGGAUGAGCAAUGGGCUUGUUCCACUACUGCGCCUAUGCUGCAGUUGUAUGACGAUGUCGGCUACAGAGUAAACGUGGUCGAAGCAUUGCAAGAAUUUUGGCAAAUGAAGCAGGCCCGAGGAGCGGAUCUUCGAAAUGGGGCCUUAGUAAUCUACGAAUCAGUACCUUCCAAUGCUCAACCCUACGUUUGUUAUGUCACUCUACCGGGAGGCUCAUGUUUUGGAAGCUUUCAGAACUGUCCAACCAAAGCUGAGGCAAGACGAAGUGCAGCCAAAAUAGCUCUAAUGAAUUCUGUAUUUAAUGAGCACCCUUCACGACGUAUUUCGGAUGAUUUUAUUGAAAAGGCUGUAACAGAAGCCCGAACUAAUUUCAAAGGAGAACCAGAAGAAGCUGAUAACCCAAAUACUGGGAUAGGAGCGUUUAGAUUUAUGUUAGAGUCAAAUAAGGGCCGAACGAUGCUAGAGUUUCAGGAAUUAAUGACGGUGUUCCAGUUGCUUCAUUGGAAUGGAAGCCUGAAAGCAAUGCGCGAAAGACAAUGUAGUAGACAAGAAGUGGUGGCGCACUAUUCGAAUAGGGCACUGGAUGACGACAUGCGCUCUCAAAUGGCAUUGGACUGGAUAGCUAGAGAACAGGAGAAUCCAGGAUCGCUUAGGAAAGAGCUCAAUCAGGCUGAAAGGGAAUUAGAAUCUGCAAGAUUGGCCGGCAGAGAAUUGCGCUUUCCAAAAGAGAAAAAGGACAUCCUGAUUCUUGCACACAGUCAAAUUAAUGUGAACUGAAGAACAAUUUUACAGGCUUUCCCGAAUAUUUAUUUGUUCACUUUUUACCUUUCGGAUUAAUUUUUUUUUUUUUAUAUUUAUAUCAGUUCAAAAAAUUGAUAGAUUUUUCCAAAGAACUCUAAAUGUCCCUGGCCAGUGUGGAAGUUGUGGUUAUUCUGAAUUAUAUUUUAAGAUGCUUUCACUGAAACAAUGCGAAUAGUAUUUAGCUUGUAAGUGGGUUCACCAUACGAAAAAUUCAACUGUCAGUACAUAAUAAUCUCCAAAGUCGUUAAAUCAAAAAGUAGAAUGAGAAAAGAGCACUUUGAAAAAAAUUAAAUCAUCCAAUUAUUUAACAUUGAGCUGUAUAAUGUCAUCUAUAGUUUAUGCGAGAAAAGAUAAACUAUACACUUUGCCAUUUAAAAGCAUUUUCUUUGUGAUUUUAAGUUUAUUAUUUUUUGUAUAUUUAACCGCCCCUGUAUAGUGAAAUAUCUUGAGACUGUUGUUAUACUUGUCUUAGAAGUAAAUUAUUUAAUAGUAUAAUAGUAAGGAUAUGUUAAUACGUUUGUACAUGUGAGUAAUACUGUCAUAUCCUCAAAGGAAACUGUCCACAGAUCUCCUAUAAAGUUCUCAUUUUAACAUGGUAAUAAAAAAAGCUUUAUUCCUCAUCCAUGAUAAAUAAUAUUCGAAAAUUCCCUUACUCGUUCAAACAUGAGGAAUAUUGUUUUACGUAUGUGUCAUUUUCAAGUGUAAUAUUAUAAGCGGUUGCAUUUAAUACUUUUUGCGUAGACUAUAACUCUUAACUCUUCGAUUAAUAUAAUGCUAUUGCUGAUAAAUAUCGCUGCAUAUAGUAUGUUUUGUUAUAUUUCCAAAUAUACAAUUGAUAACAAA